CUUAGUUUUGCACAAGGUAAAUAUUUUCAGGUGUUAGAAGCAGAAAAAAAGAAAGAGAAAAUGGGUGUUCAAACAAGAGUUCUGAUGAUGGUGGGCAUAGUGAUAUGCCUUGCCUCAGGUGUAUCUGCCAUCCAGGGGUCUGCGACUUAUUAUGAUCCCCCUUAUUACCCUUCGGCAUGCUUCCCCAACCAACAAAAUGGUGACUCGAACGUUGCCGGAGCAAGCAACGUCCUGUGGAACAAUAGGGCAGCAUGUGGAAGAAGGUAUAGAGUCAGAUGCACUGGUGCCAACAAUUUAUUUCCCAGACCUUGCACAGGCGCGACUGUAGAUGUAAAGAUUGUUGAUUAUUGUUCAAAGUGCAAUGGAACUAUUAAUCUCUCUCGAGAUGCCUUCUCCAAGAUUGCUGAUCUUAAAGCCGGCAAUAUCAGGAUCGAAUAUAAUCAGAUCUGAAGGACUAGGAUCAGGAAGGUUAGCUUGGUGACUGAUGAUAGCCUGGAAAUAAAUAACCAUUCAUGGAAAUCUGUCUCAUGAAUGAAGCCAAACUGGUAUUGCAACAAUAUGUAAUGUAUCUACCAAUGUAAUAUGAGGGAUAUAUAAAGAAUAAUACUAUUUGAAUCUAAAAAUCCGACUUAAUUUGCUGACAUAAUGAUGUGAUUUCA